AUGGACACGUCAGCAAAUGUACUCGAACUGACAGCAUUGCCACCAUUAUCUCCUACUAUGGAGCGUGCCUUUACAGAGGCCUUUGCCGAUAUGUCAGAGCUUGAGAAUAGUGAAGCAAAGACGAAACACUUGACGUCAUCACCGACACCUGCAUCACUGACCGCAGUCUUGCAUAACUAUCCAAUGCAUAAGAGUGAAAUUCGAAACAUGAGUCCAAGUGGAGACAAGAAACACACGUCAAAGGACGCGAUGGAAGGAAAACGAGCGAGACGCUCGGCUAUUGAGAAAAAAUCGAGACAGCGACGACAAAAUGUGCUCAAGACAAUGAGGGACGAGGUGAAACAGCUCGAGCACAAAUAUUCCGAGCUAACUUUGGUCGCCCAUGCGUCGGUGAAAGACCAGAAAGCGUUGUUGAAAUUGCUGCAGCAAUAUAAAGAGUUUCAGAAAACAGUGAAGAGCUUAUCGGAUGAAGACAUGGAAGAGAAAAAGCAGGUCUGGGACAGUGGUGUGCCACCAAGUUCUUCAUUCAAGGCUCAGUUUACAAAAUUGACAACAGCUGAAUGUUAUGCACUCGUACGCGAUUCGUAUGAGGAGAUGCAGCGGUUUAAUAAUGCUGAACACUUUGUAUCCACUGGAGCAAACUUUAUGGGUUGGACAGAUAAGAGAAAGUAUGAUUCAAGAUCAGGAGCACUUCAGUACGGGUUUACAAAGCGAUUUCCGCUUGAGGAUGCAGAGGAAUUGCUGACAAAGUCUUGGGAUAUCUUCCUUGAUGCCCCCAAGUUUAAAACCAUGUCUUUUGACAGAUCGGUCAAUAUCCGGUAUGAAGUGUUGCAACGCAUGAGCGACGACUUGGUCAUUGUUCGACGAGAUCAUAAGAUUCCAAAUGUUGAGACGACAUUUGUGUCAGUGCAAGUCAUCUUCCGCGUGCAGACUGCUAUUGGCUACACACUCUGCAUGCGCACGAUUCCGUCUCCUGAAAUUCAAAAGAUGCAAGAACCUCAUGAAUAUUUCUAUGAUAUUUUCCACUGGGCGCAAUUUAAUCGAAUGUACGACGAGUUUGGUAACCCGGCAGGCUGCGAGUUAAUGUCUGCCGGUUCUAUUGGCGACCAGAACCAACUCAAAUCCACCUACUGGCUUUUUGAGCUCGUGUGCUCGAUUCUGCGUGAGCUUUCAAUGCCUAUGAAGAAGACAAACAACAGUGCUCAACGUGCGCGGCGAUUGAAGAUUGAGAAAAAAUCGCGACAACGACGGCAGGGGUCGCUUAUAGUGAUGCGUGAUGAGGUGAAGGUGCUUGAGCGUGAGUAUUUGCAUCUGGCUUUGAAUGUUGCCAAGAAAUCACGCCAAGCUGCCACGUCAAAAUACGUCAGUGAGGACGAUCUACACGAGCGAGACAUUUUGCUUGAUCCGACGCAAGUGCAAACGCUGCGUCAAAAAUUUCUACGACUUGUAUCGACCACAGUGGCAUUGCGCAACAAACAGAAGCAGUUUUGCAAGAUUCUGAACGUGCAGCAGCUCUUCCGUGACUUAAGCCAGACGCUUGCUACUGAGUUUGUAGAUGCAGACAACGAUCCGAGACGGAAUGUCGUUUACCAUGCCACAUGCUAUCGAGACGUGCUUUGCCAUCAUGCGUGA